AAUUGUUUGACAUUAACCACUCCACUCGGUAGCAACAGAGUGUUUCUUGCUAAGAGACUAGUAGGUCACGAAUAUGGGACGAAAGCAAGGAAGCUGUUCACAUUGAGCAAAGUUAACUUUUCAAAGCCUAACUCAUUAAUUAUGAAUUAUAAUAAUAAUAAUACAAGUUUAUUCGAACUCUACUACUACUAUAUAAGCAAACAAUCGAUAGACAAGAAAAAGAAAAAAAAAGAAAGAAAUAUACAUGCCGAAGAGAAACUUGCCUAAUCGGGUAAACCAUUUGUGUACGCGAACAAGCGAAAACGAAAAAAAUUAAAAGACAAAAGUCAGUUUUCAUUAGAAUGCACGUGGAAAUGUUAACGUUUUCUUUUUUUAUCAAAUUAUUGUUGAUAGAAGAACCUUGCCGUUAACUGUUCACGAGCCACUGCGAUUGUGAGGUUAGAUUCUGCCAUUACUUUCGAGAUAUCGAACGAGAAGUCAGUCUAUCGAAUCUAACUUCGAGUUUUUCGAGAGAGAUUCUACCUAUACGCUUGCGUGAGAACAAAAUGAUGGAAACAGGGAGAGAGAGGUGCGGUCUUUUCUCUCUCUAUCUCUCUCUGUCUUUUCUCUCAGGUUUCUCUCUCUUUUAGACGACAAUGUUCAUCACUUGUCGGAUAAAAGUAAAGGAAAUAGUAGUAGAAAGUUGCGAAUUUAGUUACGAUAACACAGUCAUUGAUAACCAGCUGGCUGUAUCAACUGUAUGAACAUUUUGUACUAUUUUUAAACCACCAAAGCAUCGCGUGCACAUUUUCAAAUGGCUUAGAAUGGAAACAAAAGAGACAGGAUGUUCGUGUGAAAUGGAUGAAAAUUAGAAAGAGAGGGAGGGCAGAGAGAGAGAGAAAGAGUGAGAGCGAAUAGAUGAGUAAGUGAGUGGGUGAGUGUGAGAGAGAUAAGCAAAAGAAGUAUUGAAAAGAGAAAGAUAAUACGUGAACUGCAGGUUCCGUUGAUCACUCGUGACCACUUUUAAAUCUUUCAUCAGUUCCUGAUUGUGUUUCUCUGUUUUACCACACAUAGAAACGAAGAUACAUAAAGGGAGGAUCAUCCAUCCUCUUGACCAGUGUGUGUACUUUCUGUCAAAUUUUCUUUUUACCGGUUUAUUUUCAAGUCACCGAACGGAGGUUUCAAUUAACUACAACGUGUUUAUUUCCUGUCUUCCGAUCGUUCUCGAAUUUUUCUCGUAUAUUUAACGAAGACAAAAACUAAGUGAAGUUUUUAGAAACGUUCAAGUUUUUUCAAUACUUUAAUAAUGGCGAGCAAAAAUAAAAACCAAAAGAAAAUUAGUCCACAAGGACAAAUAUUAUAUGUAAUUCAUCGUUUAAUCGAAUUCAUUGCCAGAUGUAUAUUUUCAUUAUCAGCCUAUAUUCGUGGGCCGAAAGAAGGUCAACCACCUAUAAACGAUUUAACACUUUUACACAGUGCAACUACGUUAGCUUUUAAAAUUAGGAAUAAACAAUUAACUUCCGAGCAAGUAGUAAAGUCGUACAUUGAAAGAAUAAAAGAGAUUCAAUCAAUAUUAAAUUGUGUAGUUGAAGAUCGUUUUGAGGAAGCUCUAUUAGAGGCUAAAAAAUGCGACGAGAUGUUGGAAUCUCCUAAUGCACCAUCUGCGAAAGUUCUUGCCAAAGAAAAACCUUUUCUAGGUGUUCCAUUUACAACCAAGGACUGUAUUGCUAUAAAAAAUAUGAAACAAACGGCUGGUCUGGUUUUACGGAAAAAUUAUGUAUCCAAGGAAGAUGCAGAAGUAAUAAGAUUGAUGAGAGAAGCUGGAGCUAUUCCAUUAGCAACAACGAAUGUUUCAGAAAUUGCUAUGUGGUGGGAAACCCAUAAUCGUUUAUACGGUACCACGAAGAAUCCGUACAACACUAGACAUAUAGUAGGUGGUUCUUCCGGGGGUGAGGGCUGCAUACAAGCAGCUGCCGGUUCACCAUUAGGAAUAGGAUCUGAUAUUGGCGGCUCUAUUCGCAUGCCAUGCUUUUUCAAUGGAAUUUUUGGUCAUAAACCUUCUAAAGGUAUCGUUUCUAAUGAUGGUCAAUAUCCAAGUGCCCACAGCGAGGAUCAAAACCAAUUACUUGGGAUAGGCCCAAUGUGUAGAUUUGCACAGGAUAUGAAACCUAUUCUUAAAAUAUUAGCUGACAAAAAUGCAGAUAAAUUGAAUUUAGACGAUAAAGUUGAUAUUUCGAAACUUAAAUUUUAUUACAUGGAGGAUGACGGAGGACAAUAUCUUGUAUCGCCUGUAAGCGAGGAAAUAAAAUGUGCUAUGAGAAAAGUACUUCUUCAUUUUGAGAAAGUGUAUAAAAUAAAACCUACGAAGAUACAAGUACGAAAAUUUAAAAAAAGUGCUAGUCUAUGGUUAGCAAACAUGACAUCAAAAGGCGAACAAGAUUUUUCCUACGAAUUGGCUAAUAGGAAAGGACGUAUUAAUAUUUGGUGGGAAUUUAUAAAGUGGUUAAUGUUCCUAAGCAAUCAUACGCUAAUUGCUCUAAUAACAGCAGCAUUUGAGAGGUUAGGUAUAAAACAUGGGAGUGAGCAAUACACAAAACUCAUACAAGAAAGUAGAGACCUUAACCAAGAAUUUCAGGAUAUUUUGGGAAAAGACGGUAUUUUCUUGUAUCCAACUCAUCCAACAGCAGCGCCGUUCCAUCAUGAACCACUUGUAAAACCAUUUAAUUUUUCAUACACCGCAAUUAUUAAUGUCUUGGGUUUACCAGCCACCGCUUGUCCAUUAGGUUUAAAUAAAGAAGGACUUCCAAUUGGCAUACAGGUCAUUGGUGGUUUAUAUCAAGAUAAUUUGACGUUAACUGUUGCCGAAGAAAUAGAAAAAGCAUUUGGAGGAUGGGUUCCUAUCAGUAUCAUAGCUUAAAUUAUUGGGCAUGUUAGACAAUAAUAAUUUUAAAUGCAUUAUAAUGCACUGACAUA